AUGGGUUCUGAUGAUGAAGAUCUCUACUACACAAUCCUUUCAGAAGAGAAAAUCAUACAAAUCCAAAAUAAUGACAUCUCCAACGUAUGCAGCUGUCUCUCCGUUUCGAGAGGCUCGGCGUGCACCCUCUUGCGCCUCAACAAUUGGAACUACAACUCCGCUCUCGACCGGUGGGUUUCUGACGAGGAAAAAGUCCGCAAGUCGAUCGGGCUAUUGCCGGAUAAAAAAUCACGAAAGAACAACAACCUCUGCAAAAUUUGCUUCGACGAAGUCGAGAUUAGUAGCAUGUUGUCGGCUGGCCCGUGUGGGCACCUUUUUUGUACUCUUUGCUGGAAGAACUACAUUGCUGUAUCGAUGGACGACGGGCUCGAGUGCUUGUCUUUGGUAUGCCCGAAGCCGAAAUGCAAAGCCUAUGUGGGUCCCGAAUUGGUGGACACGUUGGCUUCGAAAGAAGACAAAGAAAAGUACUAUCGGUACCUUGUCCGAUCCUACGUGGAGGGGCACAGGGACAUAAAGUGGUGCCCUGGCCCUGCAUGCGAACGUGCGGUCCAGAUUGAGCCAGGCGAGCGGGAGAACUACGACGUGGCGUGCGAUUGUUCUCACAGGUUCUGCUGGAACUGCACCAGGGAAACUCACCACCCGGUCGACUGCAAGACGGUGGAGAAGUGGAUCGAGCUGAAUAGUUCCGAAGCGGAGAACACGACGUGGAUACUGGCUUACACGAAGCCGUGUCCGAAGUGCAAAAGGAACAUCGAGAAAAACCAGGGCUGCAAUCACAUGACGUGUCGACAGCCGUGCGGGCACCACUUUUGCUGGCUGUGCCUCGGCCCAUUGGAUAAAUCGCACACUAAUUGCAACAUGUAUAGAGCCGACGAGGUCGGUCAGAAGAGAGUAAGGGGUGCGCGCGAGCAUUUGGAUAGGUAUUCGCACUACUACGAAAGAUGGGCUUUGAAUCACAAAUCGGGUGAAAAGGCUUUGUCCGAUCUCAAUCGGGUCCGAGGAGAGCUUAGUGGAAAGAAAUUGGCGGGCGUCGAGCUCCGAUUCGUGAUCGAGGCGUUGGAGCGGAUAGUGGAGUGCAGGCGCGAGCUGAAAUGGAGCUACGUGUACGGGUACUACUUGUGCUUGACGGAACAAGCGGCCAAGAUUUCGUUUUUCGAGUACUUGCAAGGGCAGGCGGAGGAAAAUCUCGAGAGGCUCCACCUUUGCGCCGAGACGGAUAUGAAUAAAUACUUGGGGGACGAUUGCUGCCCUUCGGGUGAUGACUUCGUCGCUUUUAAGGACAAUCUUGUGACGCUGACGGAUGUGACGAGGAACUACUUUGGGGAGUUGGUUAGAGCGUUGGAGAACAAUCUUUCCGAAAUUAACGACCCGAGGAAAGAAACGACGAGAGGCGAGAUAGAUUAAAUUGGAUGUGAUUACACUACUCGAUAAAUUAAUAACCUCACUUAAAUAUUAGUUUCUUCUGUUCCCGACUCGGUAAAAACUUACCAAAUUAUUAGUUCGAUAAUUUAAUAUUUUGCUAAAUUAAUAGAAUUUUGCUCGUCCCGACUCUAUUAAUUUAUAGAGGUUUAAGUUUAACUUUAUUUAACAAUAAUGUGAUAUGUUAUUGUUUCAUGGUUGAUACUUGUGGUUAUAAAAUGAAGGAUUUUACGUACUAAUUUAUCUAUACAUAUCGUAUUUAAACAUAAUAUCGUUUUCUUUUUUAAGAUAUAGAUAGAUGCAGAGAUGUGUGUGUGUGCGUGUGUGCAUUUUUUGUAUGCAGUACAUUUAUGUUUUUUAGUUCUGUCGAUCGAUGCAUGGGUGUGUGCUCUUGUUUAUGUAGUGUUUGUUAUUUUGGGAGUUUGUUCCGAAGUGUAUUGGAAAUAAUUUUAUAAGUAGUCGAGUCAAGAACUCGAUUCUUUUUCAUUAAGACAAAUUUACGAAACAAGUUUACUUCGUACAAGGUGCUCUUUAUUUUCAGGAUUUGUGUGUUAACAUACACAAACUUGGUAAUAGAGGGUCUGAAAAUGAAUGAAACCUUUUGACGAGGACCUUGCACCAAUUUAUGUUCACAAGGCCCUUCUUGCGUUCAAGUAUUUCACUUUGUGCAUUAAUUUAAAUUGAAAAACCGAACCAAAAAAAGUAAAAAAUCGAGCCGUUUCGAACCGAUCUAAAUAGCAAAUUAAACAGUUGGUACGAUAUUUUAUUUUUGAAACUCCGAAUUCUUCAGUUCAUGUACAACUAUCUCCCUAAGAACCCGUCAUCCGUACAUACUCCUCGAUUUACAUCCCGAGUCGGAACUAUGAUGUAGGGGACCCCUUAGGCCGUUAUCCCCCG